UCAGUCCUUGUUCGUUGGAUUUCCAUCAACAAUCCAUUCGGUUUCUAGUCCAUUGAUUUACUAGUUCUUGUUAUUUCGCUUAACCAAACCCAGCAGAACCUUAAAAAAUGUUGAUUACCAGAGCAUUGUUCAACCGGGCUCCUAAAGCAGACAAUUUCUGGAAACGAAGACGAGUCUUCAAAUUGACAGCCCACUACCGCGGGCGAAAAAGAAACUGCUACAGCAUAGCCAUUAAACAUGUCCACAGAGCUUUGGUUUAUGUAAAGAAAGGACGUCAAUUGAAAAAGAAAGACGCCAUUGAGCUGUGGCAGCAACGGAUUUCAGCAGGAUGCAGAGAACUGGGUUCUUCAUAUGAAGCUCUGGUUAGAGGAAUGGCCAGAUGCCAAAUUGCUCUCGAUAAAAAAACCCUUGCCAAUCUUGCCAUUUGGGAGCCAAGGACUUUCAAGUCCCUGACUCAGAUUGCUGCAGCCAAACUAAGGCAAGAGCCCAUCAAAGGCCUGAAUGACAUAAGCCCUCCACCACCAGGAGUAAUGACACGAGGGAUGUUGUAGGUUUCUUUUUCAUUGUUUUUUGAAUGGAGAGUUUGACAGAGCUGUAGAGUAUUCUAAUAAACUUUUGAACCAAAUA